CCCGUAUUUUCAACUGCCAGUGCCCAGAGCCUUAAUCCAUUCAUAUUAUUUAAUGAUCUGAAUAGCCUUCUCUCCAUUUUCUUUGGCCUUUUUGAAAGGAGAAGAAAAUUUUGGAGAGAGGGAACGGAACACGCAAUCAUUCCAACGUCUCUGGGGGGUCACCUUUCCUCCUUUGCUACUUCUGACAGCUCAGAGAAAAAGUCAUCACAAAACCUUUCCUUCCUUAAAAUGCUCCAACACUCUCAAACCCCAAAAUUGAAACUUUCGCUUCUCUCCUCUUUUUCUGCUCUUUUGCCCCUGCCUUGUGUGAGGGGCUGUUGUUGAGAGUCUAACUGGAAAGUGGGUUCUGGGGUUUGUCUUUGUUUCUACAAGCUCUUGAGAACUAACGAAGCAGGGGAGUAGUGAAAAUACAGAAAUUGGGUUCUGGGUGAAGUCGAUUUUGAGUUUCUUGUUUUAUGAUUUAGGUUCAGAGCUUGCUGGGAUGAUGAGAUGAGCACUUCCAGGUUCAUCAAGUGUGUUACGGUUGGAGAUGGAGCUGUUGGGAAGACUUGUCUUCUAAUCUCCUACACUAGCAACACCUUCCCAACUGAUUAUGUUCCAACUGUUUUUGAUAAUUUCAGUGCAAAUGUUACGGUUGAUGGUCAGUCUGUGAAUCUGGGCCUCUGGGAUACUGCUGGGCAAGAAGACUAUAACAGAUUGAGGCCUCUCAGCUAUAGAGGAGCUGAUGUUUUCAUACUUGCUUUUUCUCUAAUCAGCAGGCCCAGCUUUGAGAACAUAACCAAAAAAUGGGUCCCAGAGCUGAGACAUUAUGCCCCAUCAGUGCCCAUUGUGCUUGUGGGCACCAAACUAGAUUUGAGAGAAGAUAAGCAGUUCUACAUCGACCAUCCUGGAGCAUCUACUAUUUCAACAGCACAAGGUGAAGAGCUGAAGAAGCAAAUAGGAGCAUUGGCAUAUGUGGAGUGCAGUUCCAAGACACAGCAGAAUGUGAAGGUAGUCUUUGAUGCUGCAAUCAAGGUUGUUCUUCAGCCGCCGAAGCCCAAGAAACACAGGAGAAAGCAGAGAGUCUGCAACAUUCUUUAGAGAAAUGUGUCCAUAUGUGAUUUGAGUAUUUGAGUUUUCAUGAUUGUCAGCAUCUCACACAUUGUUCUUCCUUCAUUAUCAUAUUGUUAGUGUGUGUGUGUAUUCACUGCGCCAUCUGGCUGGUGGAAUGAAAUGUUCCCUUUUAUGCUGA